GUCUAGAGAAGCGUGCCACAAUGGAGUAUACACAUUGUAUAUACACCGUAUAUAGGGCAACGAUGCUCUCAAGGGCUUAGUACUUGUGGGGUUAUAUAUAGAAAGCGUUUACCGCAGUCAAGAAUCACUCAAAGAAGCUAACGCGGGCCUUCCAUCCAGUCUGAUUAAUUAUACCAGUAGGAGAAGUUUUUUUCAUUUCUGUGUUCUUCUGUUCUUCUGCCGAGGGUUAGCAGAGACUCUGAAAGCUUUUGAGAGCGAUGGAGAUGGGACUCGAACCAACGACCAACUCCAGGUUUAAGACAGUCUGUGUGUUCUGCGGCAGCAGUCAAGGGAAAAAAAAGAGCUAUCAAACUGCAGCAGUAGAACUUGCCAAUGAACUGGUUUCACGAAAUAUAGACCUGGUGUAUGGAGGAGGAAGCAUUGGGCUCAUGGGUUUGGUAUCACAAGCAGUGUAUAAUGGCGGUGGUCAUGUCUUAGGGGUCAUACCCAAGACGCUCAUGUCCAGAGAGAUCACAGGUGAAACAGUAGGAGAAGUAAGAGCCGUGGGAGAUAUGCAUCAAAGAAAGGCAGAGAUGGCUCGUCAGUCAGAUGCUUUUAUAGCAUUGCCAGGAGGAUACGGCACUCUGGAAGAACUAUUGGAAGCCAUUACCUGGGCUCAACUUGGCAUACACGACAAACCGGUGGGAUUGCUGAAUGUUGAUGGCUACUACAAUUCUCUGUUAUGCUUUAUUGACAAGGCUGUGGAGGAGGGGUUUAUUAAGCCUGCUGCUCGUCAUAUCAUUGUGUCUGCUCCCACUGCAAAGGAAUUAGUACGAAAGUUGGAGGAGUACGUUCCAAGACAUGAUGGAGUUGCUUCAAAAUUGAGCUGGGAGAUGGAACAGCUUGAAAAAUCUUCAAUUCAGCCAAACAUAGCCCGGUAGAUUGAUGAUGAUUACUACAAACGUGAAAGAAACAAACAACAAACCCUAAAACAGUACAUGCACUUGCAGAGAGGAGGCCAGGCCAGGCCUAGUUUUCACAGUGAUUGUAUUCAUUUUGACUCUUGUCUUGACGUUAAAUGUAAUAUAAGCAUCUCGUGUUCAUUGCAAAUGCACAAUUGUGCUUUCUAACCCGUUUUUGUAAAUUUUGUCUUGCUCGAAAACUACAGCAGCCACAAAUAUUUUAAUUCUAGUACAAGAACCAAAAAAACCUCCAUUUUUAUAUUGAAACAAAGGGUGCCGUGUUGGACUUGAAUUUUCUGAUAUAUGAGAAUAUAAAUGCGUGGAGUGAAUAGCGAGGAAUAUAAUUUUGGCCAUUCUGGAUUUUUGUCGGCAAAUAUUAUAAUAAUCUUGUCCAUCAGUUCUUACAACUGUUCUUAUGUCUGUUUGCAGAACAGCACAACAUUAAUAAUCAAUUUUAUGGAGCUUUCAAAUGUA